AUGACAACCACAGUAGAUUCAGCGCCAACCGAAUUGGUACACAAAUCAGCUAAACGUACUCGAGAAAUCUUCGCCGCCGACUUUGGCGCACCCACAGCGCUCGACAAUUCUCCUCGACCCGCCAUCGCUCCACCCAUCGCGUCGCCUGCAGAACGCGCACAGAAGAUCGCCUUGAGAUCGCGAAUCGACAAAGAAUAUGCCGACGUGAAAGAGCUGCCUCCCGUGCUUGCGGCCAAGCAGGCAAGCGCUGCUGCGUCGCGAUCAAGUCUUCGAAAGAAGCCCAAGACUGAGGAGCAAGCAUCCAACCCAAAGAUGGCAAAAAUGAUCGAAGGAGUCUCUGCGCAAUCAUCAUCGACCGCAACUGGAACCUCGAAUGCUCUUGCAUUGCGCGCAAACGGUCCUGGAAAGCUACCUCCCAAUGCAAACGGUCCUACGCCGCAAAGAAACCUGCCUGGCUCCUCAAGCCUGGUACGCAGAGAUGCUGUACGUCAGCCCAAGCCGGACUGGAAGGCUCCUUGGAAGCUUAUGCGUGUCAUUUCUGGUCACUUGGGUUGGGUUCGCGCACUGGCUGUAGAACCGGGAAAUCAAUAUUUCGCAACUGGAAGUGGUGACAGGACCAUCAAGAUCUGGGACCUUGCCUCUGGCACGUUGAAACUCACUCUGACUGGCCACAUCUCAACCGUGCGAGGCCUUGCCUUCAGUCCAAGACAUCCAUACCUGUUCUCGUGCGCCGAAGACAAGAAAGUAAAAUGCUGGGAUCUGGAAACCAACAAGGUUAUUCGUGAUUAUCAUGGUCACUUGAGUGGUGUCUAUACUCUAAGCUUGCAUCCUACUCUGGACGUGCUCUGCACUGGAGGUAGAGACGGUGUCGUCCGUGUGUGGGACAUGCGAACAAGAUCGAACAUCCACGUGCUUAGUGGUCACAAACAAACCGUAUCUGACAUUGUCACACAAGAAGCCGAUCCGCAGAUCAUUUCAUCGUCACUCGAUAGUACUGUCCGCAUGUACGAUCUUGCAGCUGGAAAGACGAUGGGUGUCUUGACACAUCAUAAGAAGGGUGUGAGAGCGCUAUGCACAGCACCUCACGAGUUCACGUUCGCAUCUGCAUCCACUGGUCAGAUCAAGCAGUGGAAGUGCCCAGAAGGUGCCUUCAUGCAGAACUUUGACGGUCACAAUGCCAUCAUCAACACCUUGUCAGUCAACGAGGAUAACGUUCUGUUCUCUGGUGGUGACAACGGAUCAGCUGCCUUCUUUGACUGGAAGACUGGCUACAAAUACCAGUCACUCGACUCUAUUGCCCAGCCUGGUAGUCUGGACGCUGAGGCUGGUAUUAUGAGCUCAACGUUCGACAAGACAGGAUUGCGCCUCAUCACCGGAGAAGCAGACAAGACCAUAAAGAUCUGGCGCGAGGACGAGAACGCCACACCUGAAACACAUCCUCUUGAGUGGAAGCCUACGCUAGGAAGACAAAAGUUCUGA